AUGGAGUCGUCGAGCCCGCAUAACAGUCGACCCGCGACCCCGCGAAAGCGGGCGGAGAGUGUGGCGCAUCCCUCACCACCACUUUCGAGAAAGGUAGCCGCUGAAGGCGGACCGGAGACUAGGGACCGAUCACAGUCUUUCACACACCCGGAGGUUGACACCUCGACCGACAGAGUGUUUCCCAUUCGGUCUGUGGUCAGCGUUGGUCCUCAGAAUAGUGGCUCCUCACUGGCGAGAGGCCCUACCUCCCCGACCGGCGAGGGCGGCCCGAGAUCAUAUAACAUCAUCGACUCCAAGACGUGGAACGACCUCCAGUCUCAGUCGCAGCAGAACCCUCCGCCCGAACCCGAGCCUGUCAUUCCAACCGAUAUUGAUCGCCAUGAGACCCACGCCACCAACGAUGAGACCGAGCUAGGUACACACUCCCAGGCAAACGAGGUCGUACAGCAUCCAGAGUUGUACGCCGAACCCAAGAGCGAUAGCCAUUCCGCGACAGACUCGACUACCCAACCAGUACCAGAGCAGCCCCAGCCUUCCACCAGCGAUCCCCAUGACCUGGUCACCUCGCGUUUCAGACAUGUGAUGACCGAUGGUGGCCACGCAGUCAUCACGGGGCGCGAGGGGAACAGGUUUCAAUACUGUGAGGAUGAGCCCAUUCACAUCCCCGGGGCGAUUCAGAGCUUUGGUGUGAUGAUUGCAAUGCGGGAGGAAUCUCCCAACCAGCUUAUCGUCCGGGUGGUCAGUGAAAACUCCGAGCAGUUCACGGGCUAUUCACCAAAGCAACUGUUUGAGCUGGAAAACUUCUGUGAUAUCUUGAAGGAUGACCAAGCGGACGCGUUGCUGGAUCACAUUGAUUUUGUCCGUGAUGAUGCGUAUGACCCCGCCUUGGAUGGGCCGGAGGUGUUUGUCAUGUCUAUCCCGUCACCGUCUGGGGAGGCACGGCGUUUUUGGUGCGCGGUGCAUAUCAGCCAGGCCCAAAAAGACUUGAUCGUUUGCGAAUUGGAACUGGAAGACGACGACGUUAACCCGCUGGAUGCCGGGGGACAAGCGACGCCGGCCACUCCGAUCGAUACGUUGGGUACCUUCCCGAGCGCGGAACAGUUUGCAGCCAGCACAAUUAACCUCAGCCAGCCACUCCGAGUUCUUCGGAAUGCGAGGCGGAGAAGGGGCGAGGCAGCUGCAAUGGAAGUCUUCAGCAUCUUGACACAAAUCCAAGAACAGUUAGGCAGGGCCAAUACUCUGGACGGUCUGCUUAAUAUCACGACCGGUCUUGUCAAAGAGUUGACCGGCUUCCACCGAGUGUUGAUUUAUCAAUUCGAUAGCAGCUGGAACGGCCUCGUCGUUGCAGAGCUGGCCGAUCCAAAGGCUUCGAUUGACCUGUAUAAGGGGCUGCAUUUCCCGGCAUCCGACAUUCCGGCGCAGGCUCGCGAAUUAUACAAGAUCAACAAGGUACGGCUUCUUUAUGAUCGAGACCAUGAGACCUCUCGUUUGGUAUGUCGAACGCUGGAGGAUCUUGAAACCCCUUUGGAUAUGACACAUGCCUAUCUACGGGCGAUGUCGCCGAUUCACAUCAAGUACCUUGCCCAUAUGAAGGUUCGGUCAUCAAUGUCAAUCAGCGUCAAUGCGUUCAACGACUUGUGGGGUCUGAUCUCAUGCCACUCCUAUGGAGACAACGGUAUGCGUGUCUCAUUUCCGAUACGCAAGAUGUGCCGCCUAUUGGGCGACACUGUUUCCCGGAAUAUCGAGCGACUUUCUUACGCGUCGCGUCUGCAAGCUCGGAAAUUGAUCAACACCGUACCCACCGAGGCAAACCCAUCGGGCUACAUCAUUGCCUCUUCUGACGACCUCUUACAACUUUUCGAUGCGGACUACGGUGCGCUCUCGAUCCGUGACGAGACCAAGGUCAUUGGCGGCAAUGCCCACUCGCAGGAAGUGCUUGCUCUAUUGGAGUUCCUGCGCAUGCGCCAGAUCAACUCAGUUGUUCCCUCACACGAUAUCAUCAAAGACUUCCCCGAUUUGCACUAUCCGCCUGGACUGAAGGCGAUUUCGGGAUUGCUUUACGUGCCUCUCUCAACUGGUGGCAGCGAUUUCAUCGUAUUUUUUCGCAAGGGUCAGCUCUCGGAGAUCAAAUGGGCUGGCAAUCCGUACGAGAUUAGGAAGCGGAAAGAAACCGCGGGUUACCUGGAACCGCGAAGCAGUUUUACCACCUGGCGUGAAACCGUCCUAAGUCAAUCUCGCGAGUGGUCUGAAUCCGAUGUUGAGACAGCCGCCGUAUUGUGUCUUGUCUACGGUAAAUUCAUCAAGGUUUGGCGGCAGAAGGAGGCUGCCAUGCAGAACUCUCAGCUUACUCGCCUACUCCUCGCCAAUUCGGCACACGAGGUCCGCACUCCGCUAAAUGCAAUCAUCAACUACCUUGAGAUAGCCCUAGAGGGUAGGCUUGAUACUGAUACACGUGAAAGCUUGACUAAGUCGCACUCUGCUUCGAAGUCUUUGAUCUAUGUCAUCAAUGACCUUCUCGAUCUCACAAACACCGAGAAGGGUCAAGAGUUAAUCAAGGACGAGUCAUUCGACCUUCAAUCCACAUUCCAGGAAGCGACUGACAUGUUCGCCGGCGAAGCCAAGCGCAAGAACAUUUCAUACACUGUGAAGGUUCAACCUGGGAUUCCUCCCUUGGUCCUUGGUGACCAGCGCCGUGUGCGACAAGUCUUUUCCAACAUUAUCGCCAACGCCAUCCAACAGACGAAAUCGGGUGCAGUGACCGCUGAAAUGUGGCGCUCCCCUGUCCAGAGUGUAGAUGGUCAUGUUGCCAUAGAGGCCAUGUUUGUUGACACGGGUGCCGGCAUGUCCAAGUCAAAGUUGGAGGCGCUCUUCCAUGAGCUUGAACAGGUUUCAACGGACGAAAACUAUUACCCGGAGGAGGAAGAUCAGCAAGAUCCUUCCAAUUCGCAAAAGGUGGAAAACAAGCGUGUGUUAGGUCUAGGCCUUGCCCUGGUGGCAAGAAUUGUCUACAGCAUGCAGGGCCAGCUUGGGGUCAAGGCUGAGGAAGGCAAAGGCAGUCGUUUCAAGGUCCUGUUACAGUUUCCCUUGCCCGAAGGGGCUCCAAUACAGACCCCAGCCUCGGACACCACCCCUGGUCCCGUCACUGUGCCACACACGCCUAUGAUUUCUGAUCAGGAAUUCAGGCUGGUCCGUGGGAAUACAGAGACCCGGGAUGCACGACGCAGGAGUUCCGAAAGUCUUCGCAGUGGAGGUAGUUCUCGCAGCGGAAAGAGCCAAGCCGAUCGGUUGAUCAGUGCCAUGCAAGAACCUCCACUUUCUGGCAAGGCCCGGGGCGAGAGCCUCGAUCUGAGAAGCCCGAAGCUCCUUGCCGGCUCGCCGAACACAGACAAUUCUUCUUUUUCUCAGUCGGUGGCAUCGCCCACAGCAACUGGAAUGAAGCGAUCAUCGACCACACAAGACCAUCUGGCCAGUCUCUCCACGGUCACCAGCACACCGUCGAUCCAGCUGCAAUCAUUAAAAACGCCAUCCGCACCAGGUACAACGAACAUCACGGACUCAGGAGUUCCGAUGGGCGCUCUCCACAUUCCCAAGCAUGCUUUCAAGCAACCCUCGAAGCAGAGCGAGCAAUUGAUGGAACAGUCCUACUUUCCACCAAUAUCUGCGUCCAAAAGUCAACCUUCAGACCCUCCAUCAACGGCGGAUGCAGCGUCCACCACCCCUACUUCGGUACAUCCGGCAAAUCCUCACUUGCUGCAGGUACUUGUGGCAGAGGAUGAUCCGAUUAACAGCAAGAUCGUGGAAAAGCGUCUGACCAAGCUCGGACAUACAGUUAAAUUGACUGGCAAUGGCGAAGCCUGUGCGUCCGCAUUCGCCAUUGCGAGCAAGGCUUUUGAUAUUGUCUUGAUGGAUAUCCAAAUGCCUAUCGUCGAUGGCAUGACUUCCACUCAAAUGAUCCGAAGGUAUGAAACCAAGACGUCAGCUGAUGUGCUCUCGGAAAAGGCCAAGAAAAACACCCGAGUUCCUAUCUUUGCUGUUUCUGCCUCACUCCUCGAGUCCGAGAAGGAAAAUUACAUCCGAAUUGGUUUCGACGGCUGGGUCAUGAAGCCUAUCAAUUUCGCUCGGCUGAAUGUGCUUUUGAGUGGUCUUGUUGACCCGGAGGCAAGGAAGGCGGCUACAUAUAGGCCUGGAGAGUGGGAGAAUGGCGGCUGGUUCGAUCACCAAUAA